AUGCAUAUAUAUGCAUGUGAUGAGGGAGCGCCUGCACAAGACAAGCCUCUCACCGACGAUGACAUCGAGACGAAUUGGGAUGAGUGCAUCGAGACCUUCGAUGCGAUGGAGCUGCGCGAGGAGCUUCUGCGCGGUAUCUACGCCUACGGUUUCGAGAAGCCGUCGGCGAUCCAGCAGCGUGCCGUGAAGCCCAUCCUCAUGGGCAAGGACUGCAUCGCGCAAGCGCAGUCUGGUACGGGUAAGACCGCCACCUUCGCGGUGUCGAUCCUUCAGAAGAUCGACGUUGCCGCGGCAGACUGCCAGGCGCUGGUGCUCGCGCCCACCCGCGAGCUUGCGCAGCAAAUCGUCAAGGUUGUCCGCGCGCUUGGGGACUUCAUGCAGCUGCAGGUGCACGCGUGCGUGGGCGGGACCGCCGUGCGCGACGACAUCCGUACGCUGCAGAAUGGCGUUCACAUCGUGGUGGGCACCCCCGGGCGCGUGUACGACAUGAUCUCGCGGGGCGCCCUCCGCCUGGACCGCGUAGGCCUGUUCGUGCUGGACGAGGCCGACGAGAUGCUCUCCCGCGGGUUCAAGGACCAGAUCUACGACGUGUUCCAGUACCUCCCGGAGCGCGUGCAGGUGGCGCUGUUCUCGGCCACCAUGCCCCUGGACGUCCUGGAGGUGACCAACCGGUUCAUGCCGGAGCCCGUCCGCAUCCUGGUGAAGAAGGACGAGCUGACGCUGGAGGGUAUCAAGCAGUUUUACAUCGCGGUGGACCGCGAGGAGUGGAAGUUGGACACGUUGUGCGACCUCUACGAGACCCUCACCAUCACGCAGGCCAUCAUCUACUGCAACACCCGGCGGCGCGUAGAUUGGCUCUCGGAGAAGAUGCAGGAGCGAGACUUCACCAUCUCGUGCAUGCACGGGGACAUGGGCCAGGGAGAGCGUGACGUCAUCAUGCGGGAGUUCCGCUCGGGCUCUUCUCGCGUGCUCAUCACCACGGACUUGCUCGCCCGUGGUAUUGAUGUCCAGCAGGUGUCGUUGGUCAUCAACUACGACCUGCCGACCAACCGCGAGAACUACAUCCACCGUAUAGGUCGUUCGGGGCGAUUCGGGCGCAAGGGUGUGGCCAUCAACUUCGUCACCCAGGGUGAUGUGAGGUACCUCCGUGAUAUCGAGGAGUUCUACACCACUCAAGUCGAGGAGAUGCCGAUGAACGUGGCAGACCUCAUCUAAUCCGGUUUCGCUAUAGAAUGAGGCGGUUGACAGGAGGGAGAAGAGGGGUUCUCGACGCUUCGACGCUAAUGAGUUUCCGCGUGUUUCCGCCCGCCGCACGGCCAUGCACGAAGUUCUACAAUACUUACUCUUUUUGAAAGGAUUUCACCUAUUAGCAUGUCUGUGUGAACUGUUAUUUUUUUUUCUGGCAGUCUUUUCUGAUCGUUGAUCACGUGGCGGAAGAGACAGGGAGGAUAAAGCCCUCGAUUUUUGUAGUAAAACUUUCAAGCUGCAGGGCAGGAAAACACGACCUUUGUCAAGAUUUCAGGCGGUUCGCUACUUGUUCUAUCGAGUACUCUGCAUGCAUCGAAGGAUAAGAGGUGGUACGGGGGGGAGGAGGAUUUGUAAGCCGGUUUAAGAGCGCAAUGGCGGGCUAGCAAUAGAGGACUUUCUUGACCAAAAAAAAAAUACAGGAUGUAACGGGGGUCGCUUCCGCUCGUUGGUAUCCAUUGCGCUCCGUGCGCGUGUACUUCGUGUGCAUGGCUUUUCUCGUCGUCGUCGUCGUCGUCUUUUGUGUUGGCUCUAGCUGUGUCUCGAUGGGAGGCGCUGGUUGGGGUUUUGUAGUCGAUGGUGAUGGGGGGGCGGACACACGCAGUUUUUCUGAGUCUUGGAUCCCCGCGUGAGAGUGUGAGAACGGCCGUACGCCGGGGUUGAUUUCAAGCUUCGUCCGAGGAAAGUCUUUCCGCCACCAGCAGGCAGGGGCCCAUUUUGUGAAGUGUUUUUUUGGUCGGUCAGCGGAAUAUGCAGGGCAUUUCUCCUGUGCGUGUUGCUUGCUUUUGUGUGAGAGCGUUCCCAUCCGUUUGUGCCCACCCCCCGUCAUCGCCCGUUCCCACCCACCCUUAUUCAACGCCCAGUGAGCUAGGGUCACUGUUGGCGAAGUGUGUUUAGCUUUAACGAGCUUGAAGCAGGCAGAUUUCACUACUGUUGUUAAUUUUAUUCUCAAG